AUGGCCGACGACGUGAAGGUGGCAGAAACUUGUAACAAGGCGAAGAGUAAUGGGCAAGCCGCAACUCAUUUAGUAUGUCAGAGCUCGGUAGCUGGAUACUUCACCCCCAAGAAAGAUUUUUGCCCAGAUGGCGAUACCAGUCACUGUUGUAUCGAGAGUGCCGAAAGCCCAAAAUUCAAUCCAGCAUCUUGUACCAAACCGGACGGACAUCUUUAAUAAAAAGAUCCAACACAUCCGACGUAUUGUGUCUCGCACUCCAUCGAUUCCUUGCAUCUUUCCCCCGGUUCUAUCCCCGAAGAGCUAUCCAAA